ACUGUUAAUCCAAUGAACUAGAUUCGCUUUUAAGAUUCGACUCCGGGUGGACGCACGAUGCCUAAUUUCUGCGCGGCGCUCAACUGCUCCAGGAACAGCACUCACUCGGUGCUGGCGUUCUUCAGGUUUCCACGGGACCCGGAGAGAUGUAAGAAAUGGGUGGAAAACUGCAGUCGCUCAGACCUGAAAGACAAAACACCGGAUCAUCUGAACAAGUACCACAGACUGUGUGCCAGACACUUUGAGCCUAACUUGAUAACCAAAACUAGCCCUUUCAGGACUGUUCUGAAGGAUAGUGCUGUACCAACUAUAUUUGACAAUCCUUUUAAGCGGUCAAAUAAUGAGGCAGACAAGGAUGCCCCUGAAGCGAAGAAAAAUAAAUCGGACUCUCAAAGUGAGGAACCUAAAGAUAAUAGUGAAGCCGCCACCAAAGAUGUGAAUGAGAACAAAAAUGGCGAUGGGGUUGACAGCAGCCCUCCGGUCAUUGAUGAAGAGACGCUGAAUAAAGAGUAUCUCAAGUCUCUGUUUGAUGUUGUUGUGAUGAUGGGCACCCAGAACAUUCCUCUGCACGGCCACUCUGACAAAGAACCCAGAAGCAAAAGCUUCACUCCUAGCAACUUUCAGGCUCUGCUGGAGUACCGCAUCAAUGCAGGUGACGAAUUCCUCAGAAAGAAGUUUGAGGGGUCACCUGUAAACCUCGAGCAUUGCUCCUCUACCCAGUUACAACAGAUCUUAGAAGUGAUUGAAAAGUGCAUUCGUGAAGAGCUGUUGGCUGAAGCUAAAGAAGGACGCUGCUUCUCUUUAGUUGUAGAUAACCUGGUUGAGAUAGAAGGAGAAAACUAUGUCCCGUUAUUUGUACGUUUUGUGGACAAGGCCAACUGUCUCCGGGAAGAGUUUGUCGACUUCCUGCUCUUUGAAGGCGACGUGGAGGCCAUCACAGAGAGGCUUGUGACUGAACUGACUGAGAAAUGUGGCCUGGACAUGAAGUAUUGCAGAGGACAGGCAUAUUUGUGUUCUGGGGUGUCCGCUAUGAAGGUCAAAGCGAUGGUGGCAAAAAUAGCUGAGCUGCAUCCGCUCGCAGUUCUCACUCCUUGCUCCAGUUGCUCCCUAAACAUCUGCCUGGCAAACACAAUGACGUUCACCGGAGUGCAUCUCGUCAUGUCUACCCUGAAAAAGCUGGAUGCAUUUUUCAGCAAAUCGCCCUUGUUGCAAAAUCAGCUGGAAAGUGCUAUUUCGAUCUACUACCAGGGAAAUGAAGAGAAGGCUAAUGUCCUUAAGGAGGCGUGCGGCUCUAAAUGGACAGAGCAACACGAUACCUUUGAAUUGGCGGUUGACCUCUUGGAGUCUCUCCUGCUGUGUAUGGACAGCGUGCAUGAUAAUGAAGAUCACAAAUGGAGCGAUGAAGUGGCGCACAAUGCUUUUGUCAUUUCCGAGGCAUUGGCUGAUUUUGAAUACGUCAUGACAUUAGUGGUGUUGAAAAACACCCUUUCCUUCACCAGAGCCUUUGGCAAGAAUCUGCAAGGGGAAACCAAUGAGGUCUUCUUCGCUUCUGGCAGUCUAACCGCAGUUCUGCAUUCACUGAAUGAAGUUUAUGAGAAUAUCGAGGUCUACCAUGAGUUCUGGUUCGAAGAGGCUGUAAAUCUGGCCGCAUCUCUUGAAAUCCCAGUAAAAGUACCAAGGCUGUACUUCAGAAAACGACCAACGUCUGGUGAGGAAAUCCAACCUGAGACCUACUACAAAGACCAAGUAACCAUCCCUGUGGUCAGCCAUGUGAUCAAGGAGCUGUCUGACCUGUUCUCUGAAAAUCAUCUGAAGGCCUUGAAGUCCUUGUCUCUUGUCCCUGCCAUCAUGGGACAGCUGAAGUUCAACACCACAGAGGAGACCAGCGUGGACAUUUACAAAGAUGACCUGCUGAACCCAGACACCUUUCCUGCUGAGCUGCACUGCUGGAAGAUCAAAUGGAAACAUGGAACCAAAGAUGUGAUUUUGCCAUCGACCAUCUACGAGACGCUUCAGCUGUCCGAUGUGAAGUUCUUUCCCAACGUUUGUGCUCUACUGAAAGUUCUGUACAAUCUGCCACUCUUCGCUCUGACAAAUGACAAAUGCAGCACUGCAAAACAGCGACUGAUGGCGUACCUGCAAGAUACACCUGUGAAUCACAGAAACAAGAGUAUGGCCCUGUUCUAUAUUAACUGUGCCAUUAAGCAUGAUUUGGACAGCAUGGUUGAGACCUACUUGAAAAUGUAUCAAGAAAGUGAGCCAACAGAGAAACAGGAUUCAUCACAGGAAGCAGUGCAGUCUUAAAUAUAGCAGUACGAUGACUCUGCUAGUCAAAGAGCAGUUUGUAGUUUUCGCAUCAUUUUGUUAUCUUUGCUUUUUAUGUACAGUCAUCCAAGAUUACCAGGACUUUUCCUAUUGUUCUACUCCCACUGUGUAUAUAAAAGUGGACUCCCAGUCUGAAUUGAUUUGAACACAUUGAAAAUGAUCUUCUCCUGUCCAGUUCCAUAAAUGUGUUGAAAUUGUUAAAGCUGUUUUUCAGAAUUAAAUACCUUUCUGAUAAGGGUAAA